ACACAAAUUUCUCUAUAUAUCAGUUUUAGAGUUAAACUUUCAGUGAGAUAAACUAUCAUUUUGUGAAACACGAUCUAAAAGAGAGUGUUGAAGUGUUUAGAGAUAGAAACUUGGACCCUCCCUCCCCCACAGACCGUGACAGAGAACCCCCAAAGACUAUCACAGACCUUCACAGAAAAUCCCCAGAGACCAUCGCAGACCGUGACAGAGAACUGCCAAACUCUCUCACAAACUGUGACAAAGACAGUGUAGAUUUGAAGCAUCAAAUAAACGAUCAGCUAGAAAUUUAUCAUAAAGAAAUGGAAGAAAACGUUGUCCAUUUAAUUCGUAACAAUAGAUCCAUCGUGUUUCACACUUUUAAUCCCGCAAGGGAUUGCUCUAACAGCUUUUCAUUUAUUAAACAAUUUUUCAGACGUCUUCCAAACACAUCAUGGAAAGGAGAGAAACGUCAUUAGGUUUUUAGACCCAAAACUACAUUUCAUGCGAAACUUUACUCUUGAAAGUCUUCAUAUAAAGAAAAUCUUCCUAAUCAUUCAUGUUUUGGUGCUUUUUUAUGUAUAGAGAAGCAUUUCAAAUUUACUAAACAUUUAUUUAUGCAAAUAAGUCAACUCUUAGACAGAUGUAUAUUUUGCAAAGCCAAAUUGUGAAAAAUUUUCUAAAAGAAAGCCUAACUUUGUGAAACAUGAAUGAUGUUUUUAUGCUUGGUAAUUUUCGAAAGAAAAGUAGUUAAGGAUAUCGAACUAAAUAGAUCACCAGAAAUUUUGAAAGAAAACUUUUAAAUUUGACCAAACCUGCCAAAAAUUAAAUUUUUUGCUCUUUUUGGAUUUUGCAGUGAUCAGUUUAUGUUUUUGGGGAUAUUUGCUACUCUAGACAUUCUUAACGAACAGUAAAUUUGUAUUUGAAAAAGAACAUAUCUAUGAAUUUGACACAAAUUGCCCUAUAUUUCAGCAUUAGAGUAAAACAUUUUCAGGUCAGUCUAGCUUUAGAAAAUAGCCUAUCACAAACCGGAAAUAUCUUCAGUCGUAGUCAUUAUUAUUACGAUAAGUCAAUCAUUUCUUGUUGUAUCUUUCGACGACAUUUCUUUUUUAGGAGUUAUGAUGAAAGUUCGUGUUAUAAUCAUAGAAUAUCAUUUAAUUAUAUUCAUCAUAUUGGACAAUAUAUAUUGAGUGAUCUUGCUGGUAUUUAUACAUGUGGUCUUUUAAAUGGAACAUUAAUUAUAAAUAAUGUUUUACAUGAUAUUUAUGGAUAUUUUUUGUAUGAUUGGGGUCUUUAUUUAGCUGAUGGAACUUCACAAUUAAUGAUAACAAAUACAAUUGUUUAUAAUACAGGUUCAGCUGCUUUAACUAUGAUUUAUGGUUUUAAUAAUACAUUUCAAAAUAAUAUUCUUGCUCGAUCAAGUAAUCAAAGUGAUGGUGCUCUUUCAUUAUAUCGUCGUGAAUCACCUAAUCAUUUAUCAUUUACUUUUCGACAUAAUAUUAUUUAUGAUAUUGUGAAUGAAAGUGGACGUUGGAUAUUUCAAGUUCAAGCACCAGAUCCAUUUUCAUCACCUUUUGUAAUUAUGGAUUAUAAUUGUUAUUUUAAUACGUAUGGAAAUAUGAUGAUUUUUGGUCUUGGAAGACUUGUUUUUAGUGAAUGGCAAGAAACGAAUCAUGAUAUGAAUAGUUUCAUAACAGAUCCACUUUUUAUUCAUGCUGAAAGUCAAUGUAAUUUUUUUAAUAUUAGUAUUGAUAGUCCAGCUGUGAAAAACCUAGGUUUUAUACCAAUUAAACAAUUAUUUCAAUGGAAAUCUGGAUGUUAA